AUGUUGCUAACAAACAAAACAUUUGCACUUUUGCAGAUUCUUCAGUUGAUUGCAUUGUUCUCCUUUGCAUUAGGUAAACAUAUUGAUCAUGUUUUCAAUAGGGUCAAGGUCAUCACCGGUUAUGACGAGGAUGACGAUGAACCAUAUGAUUAUUUUAGAGUUAAUGUAACUUGGGGUUUCACUUAUUGUGAACAGGUUGAAAUAGGGGAUACCUUCAGUUUGAAUAUGCCUUAUGUGUUUGGUGUGAAUGCUAUCGAUGAUACAGGCGCUUAUACUCAAAAAUUUGAUCUUAAAUUGAGUGAUAAUACUGUGAUUGCAAACUGUGACAUUGAUGGUGCUUUUGGAAGAAAGAAAAGUACAACCAUUAACUGUGAAGUUCAAUAUGAAUUACAAACUCAUAGAGGCCUACAAGGUUGGUUAGAGUUUCCAGUUAAUUUUGAAGGUGGUGGUCGUGUUGAAACAAUUCUCGAAGCUGAUCAUUGGAAACCCGGUUCAAAUGUCAUUACAUUCAAUGACGAGUUGAGUACAAUCGUUAAAUUUCAUAUGGAAAAUCAUGCCAAACAGAGGGAAGAAAUUUACCGUCAUACCUAUGAUGAUGAAUUGUUUUUCUACUAUGCUGCUCCUAAAGAUAUGUGUUAUCAUAAUGGUGGGUAUAAAGCCAUAGAAUCUGGUGAUUUAGGUAUUAGUAUUACACCUUCUGAGUAUGAGUAUGAUACAAUAGAGGCUUACCAUACAAGAAACUUUUCUAGAUUUUCUUUUCCAGAAGGUUAUGAAGACUUCAAUGACUAUCACUUGCAUAAAUUUGAAAAUGGUAUGCACAUCAUUUUUGGUGAAAUGAGAGGUAACGAAAGAAUCUGGAUUUCAGGUUAUGUGCGUGGUCAAUUAGAACCUAGUACGCCUCUUGUCGUUCAAACUGGGGUCAAUCUGCUCUGUGUUGAUGGUACUUGGGACAACGACACCUCAAAAGAUGUUUAUUUUUUAAGAGGUUAUCCAGCUUUAAGUGGUGGUCGUAAUAAGUGUGAGUACCUUGAUUUACCAUGA